UCUUUCUCUCACCGUUUCCUUUCUUCUGCUCAUUUAACCAAUUUAUUAUCAAGCUUGGAAGCAGGUGAUAGUCUGGUUCGUGGAGCAAGAGGCUGAACCGGAGAGAGAGCAGCUGGAAUGGUUGGAAGCUCGAGUAACAUAAAGACGUGUAAAGAAGGGAGCUGAAAAUGUAUGAAAAGCGUGUCAACGUUUUUUAAGCAAUCAAAAGCUAGUCAUUAAUGUCUCCUCUCUUCUCCUAGCUCAAACGGCAGCCCUAACAGUUGUACCUUGAUACGCUUAUUAUUUCCGUGCACAACGCACAAACCUUAAUUUUCGACGCCAGAUUGAUCGACGGGCAAAAGCUCCCACGACGUUCGACGCGGAAUCUAUAGUUGAGGAAGUUCUUCCUUAACAUACCUGUCCAGUGAUCUUUACCCUAGAUAAUUUGCUGAGGUGUUAAACAAUCUCCUGAACAUGGAGCAAGGAAAGGCCAACGACAAAAUACUCAGCUACAAUGACGUUGUUCUGAGGCGGUCAGAUCUUGAUAUUCUAAGUGGCCCCUAUUUUCUCAAUGAUCGCAUAAUCGAAUUCUACUUUAGCUACCUCACAUCCUGCUAUACGUCCGAGGACAUCCUCCUGGUGCCACCUUCAAUUGCUUUCUGGAUAAAAGAGUGCCCGGACAGUGCAAGCCUCAAAGAUUUCGUAGAGCCCCUUCAUCUGUCUACAAGAAAGUUGAUAAUAUUCCCAAUCAACGACAACGAAGAUGUGACUAGGGCAGAAGGUGGGAGUCAUUGGAGCUUACUCGCAUUUGAGAGACAAACUAAUGCCUUUGUGCAUCAUGACAGCGGCCAAGCAGGCUUCAAUAAUGCAGAUGCUAAGAGGGUGUACAAAGCUGUAGUUUCGUAUACAGCAUCUGGAGCCACUUAUGUGGACUGCCCGAGUUCCCCAAAGCAAGUGAACGGAUAUGAUUGUGGCCUGUAUGUCACAGCCAUUUCCAGAUCAAUCUGUGCCUGGUACGUCAGUGAGGCACCAAAGGAUAUGCAGGACUUGUGGUUUUCGACAAUCAAAGAGCAAGUGACUCCGUUGCUCGUGUCUAACAUGCGACGUGAAAUCCUUGAUCUUGUGCGGAGCCUUAUGGGUAAGUGAUGAAAGCUGUGCUGGGAAUGGAUGCCAGUGUUAUGCAACACUUAGGUUUUAUGUUGUAAAACUAAGAAUCACCCUUUAAAUUAUGAAGAUUUACAGUAUGUAUUCA